AUGAAGCUCUCUAUUUUGUCCACGGCACUCUACCUGCCAAUGAUUCUGGCUAUGCCGUCUGACCCUGCCGCUAUCUCCCAGCUGGAGGGUCGAGACAAUGUGAAGCUUAACCAGUAUCGCACUUUAGAUGACUGCCAGCAUGACAGGAACAUUCUCUUCCACGCGGCACCUGUUUCCGGGAAGUGCUAUGAGCUCGAUGGCCAGACCGGAGCCUUCUUUUACAACACCGGAGGUUAUUUGCAGUCGCACUGUAACGUAUGA